CUCGCCGUGCGCGGGGCUCGAGGCGACCGCGCGGCGGGCGCGGCGCGCGCGGCGGCGGGCACCUUCCGGCGCCACUGCGCCGCCGGCCCCCCGCCCAGCCAUGCUGGACAGGACCCCGCCCUACAUGCGCGCUGGGCGCGAGUGCAUCGGAUCUCUGGGUCGAUCGACGUACGCUCUCCUGAAGGAGUCCGACGUCUGCGAGGAGGGCGCGGGGGCGCGGGCUUGUGCGGAGUCCCCGCCGGUCCGGAGGAGAGCCCGCGCGAGCUCCCGUCGCGCAGCAGGGCCAGCGCCGCGUCGGCGGCGUGCCCGUCGGCCCGGGCCGCGGAGCUCCAGAGGAUCAUCGAGGACUGCGAGGCGAGGGAGGUCGAAUGCCGCGCCGCGGUGCGCUUUUGGGAACAGUGCUGGGAGACGCGCCGGAAGCCGGUCGUGGACCAGCUGGAGGCGUUGGACCAUGCGAGGGAGGGCGCGGUCGCGGAGCUGAGCGCGGAGAUGGAGCGGAUCAGGAGGCGGGCAGACCCCUUGCCGCCGGGGCCCCGGUGCCUGAGCUGGGUGCAGAGCGACUGGUUUGGAGCGCUCUGCAACGUGGUCGUGGCCCUGAAUCUCGCCGGGAUGGCCUUCGGGGGCGAGGUGCGCGCGGCGCUGGGCGGGGGCGAGGUCCUGCUGGACCACGCCUAUCUGGCGUGGUAUGUGGCGGAGCUCUCGGUCAAGGCCGCGUACUACCAGCGCGAGCUGCUGUGCGGGCCCGUGAGCGUGGUGUGGUGGAACUGGAUGGACAUGCUCAUCGUCGUCAGCGGUGUUACGGAGCAGUGGGUGAUACCCCUGCUCACGUUCACCGGCGUGCCAGGGGUCAAGCUCAACCUGACCAUGCUGAGGGGCUUGAGGUUCCUGCGCUUCCUGCGGGUGCUGCGGGCCCUGAAGCUGGUGCGCGUGCUCGUGCAGGGGGACUUCGCCUGGGUCCACGGCAGCACGUACGAGAUCAUAGGGACGGUCAUCCUUGGGGUGAACUCGCUCACCAUGGCGGUCGAGCUCGACAACCCCGACUGGCGGUGCUGGAAGAGUCUCAACAGCGUCUUCCUCGCCUUCUACACGUUUGACAUCGUCUGCAGGCUGAAGCUGCAGGGGCGUCGUUUCUUCUACGACAGGGACACCCUUGGAUGGAACUACCUCGACCUCGUCGUCGUCACCGAGGGCGUCGUGGACCAGUGGGUCGUGCCCUGCGUUCGCGCCGUGGUGGCUCUCCUCCGCGGGCGGUCCGCGGUGCACGGCGGGGGCUCCUCGGCGGUGGGGAUGCUGAAGAUGCUGAGGCUCCUGAGGACCCCCGAUACUGCGGCUGGCGCGCCUCUGCCGGAGCAUCCCGCCGCUGUACAGGCUGAUGCAGGGCGUCGCCGAGGCCCUGGGCGGUCUCCGGUGGGUCAUGGUCCUGACGUUCCUGGUGCUCUACUCGGGCGCGAUCGUCUUCACGACGAUGGUGACGCAGGAUCAGGGACAUGA